AUGGAUAAAAUGCAAGCAAACUUGGAUGUUGUUAUGAAUCAGCAAAAAUCUGUCACUGAAUCUGUGGAAUUCUACGGCAAUAAAAUUGAUGAAUUCACUAAAAAAAUGGUUGAUUUUGAAAAACAACUUAGAGUUAUUCCUAAAUUAGAGUCCACUGUUGCAACUACCUCAUCUGAUCUGAAUAAUUUACAAAUUGAAGUUGAUCACAUUCAACAACAGGCACGCUUAAGCAAUCUGGAAAUCAAUGGGAUUCCGGAGAAUCACAAUGAGAAAUUGCCAUCCAUUAUUAAUAACAUUUUUAAUAUCCUUGAGGAACCAGAUGUAGGUUUUGAUUCAUGUUUCAGAGUACCACAUAUUGAUUCUAAAAAUAGGAAUUCUAGGUCUAUUAUUGUGAGAAUGAACUCUCGUGCGCAGAAAGAUAAUGUCCUUGCUUCCAUUAGGAAACGUAGAGGCUUGAGGGUCAAUGAGAUAGGAUUUGCUGGUGAUAGUCCGAUAUUUAUUAAUGAUCACCUAACAUCCAAGAAUAAACAGCUCUACAGAAAAACUAGGCUCUACGCUAAAUCCAGUGGUGCCACUUGUUGGACAAGAGACUGUAAAAUAUUCGUGCGUUUCCCGCAAAAUGGUAAAAUACUUCAUGUUACCAGUGAUGCUGCUCUUGCCGCUAUGCAAACUUCACUGUAG